UGAUGAGGAAAUUGCAAUUUGUUUCAUCAGGUAAGUGAGCCUUGACCCAUUGUUAAGCGGUGUUUAUCUGUAUAGUGACUUGCUCAACGUGCAAGGUUGAUAAUACGAAAGUCAUCGACUUGUCAGUUUUUCAAGUUUUGUAUGUAGCAUCAUGGGUGUUGUUACAGCAUAUUUGGAACAGUAUUUUCUCCAACCGACUAUCAAACGAAAGAAAGACAAGUUUUCGAAAUAUUCAAAGACACAAAAGAAUAUAUUCAGAGUGGAGAAAAUGUUGUUCUUGCCUAGGAAGUGCUUUAACUGCGUCCGUUGCUCACAACAAGCCAACUCUAGACGACUGGUUGGACUACCAAAGUCGGUAGAUUGGAGUCAGGAGCAUUUGAAUAGAGAUCAAAAUAGCAAUACAAAAACGCUACACUAUGCUCGUUCAAUAAUUGUUUCGGAACCGUGGAAGAAUAAGCGAUUUACUGUUUUGGGAGUUGAAACUUCUUGUGAUGACACAGGAGUUGCCAUUGUGGAUAGCAGCGGAAGAAUUCUGGGAGAGACUAGAGCUGGUCAAGAAUAUAUUCACAGCAGGUGGGGAGGAGUUGUUCCAGCGCUAGCUCGAGAUGCACACGAAGAUGCGAUCAGUGGCUGUAUCGAUGAUUGUUUGAAACAAGCCAAUCUUUCCGUUUCCGAGCUUGAUGCGAUAGCGGUUACUAUGGGUCCUGGUUUAGAACUUUGUUUACGAGUAGGUUUUGAGAGUGGUCGAACUAUAGCGUCGUCUUAUCAUUUGCCUUUUGUUUCUGUUCAUCAUUUGGAAGCUCACUGUUUGAUGGCAAGACUGUUUUUUCAGGAUAUUACAUUUCCCUUUUUGAAUGUUCUGGUUUCUGGUGGACAUUGCCAGCUUAUAUUAUGAACGA